GGCUUGGUGAAUAGAAAAGAAAUCACCCACACCCUUAACGGCCCUCUCCUGUUUGCUACAACCACUGCGUUCACACAUCAACUGUUAUCGUUUUAGCAGUAUUUCCUAGAAAAGUUGAUUGAUGUGAAUGCCCCCUCUGGCAGAGAUGUUAGGUUACUUCUUUAUAUAUUGGACGCUGACAAUUCUCGAAGCCACACAGAAAUAAUACUCGCUAGUCAAUCGCUGACAGUGUUGGAGAGUCUUUGAUGUUCACAUCGCUUUUUUUUUCUACAAGUACCAAGUUUUCGGAUCGCAAAUAAUUUCCGCCAUGAAGGUGUUACUGGGAUUGUAUUUGCUGUGUUUCAUUUGUAUGUUUGGAGAGACAAUAGCUAAUCCGGUUGAGAAGCGCUUGAAAGACACUCUAUUUACUGGCUAUGACAAGAGUCUUCUACCCUCCCAUGAAGAAAGUCUGGAUCUCAGUCUGCAAAUGUCCUUAGCAUGCUUGAAAGAAGUGGAUUUUUCUCAAGGGAUCAUAAAAAUGAAUGUGUGGCUAAAAAUGUUAUGGCAAGAUUCACGUCUGGAGUGGGAUCCGGAGCAAUUUGGAAACACUUCUAUCUUGCGCGUUCAUUCUUCCGAGGUCUUCAAGCCAGACAUAUCCCUCUACAACAGCCAUUCACCAAAUGAGAUGCUUUCGGAUGAUAUUGCAGUUCUAGUGUACAACACUGGUACCGUGUUCUAUCUACCGCCUAUGGCUAUUGAAGCAUCAUGUGCAUUCGACUUCAAGGACUACCCAUACGAUACACACAAAUGCCGCCUGAAGCUUGGAUCGUGGUCGUAUGAUAACUCGAAAAUAAUGGUCACUUCAUCGGCCAAUGUGAUAGACAUGGCAGACUACUGGGGACACCCCGUGUGGGACAUUGUAGAAACCUCAGCUGUUAAAAACACCAUUAGCUACCCAUGUUGUGAAGACGUAUACGAGGAUGUGACCUUUCAUUUGACCAUACGACGUCGAGACAGUCACGGUUAUAUAGCUUCCUCCGUGAUCGCCACCUGGCUUAUCCUCGUCGUCUUCCUGAUCGGACCGUCAUCGGCCGGAGAACGUACCCUCUUUGCGGGCUUAGUCUUCGUCUCAUUGGUGGUGCUAUCAGCAGCGCUGAGCGGCGAGGUUCCCAUCUACUCAGCAACCAGACUCGGUCGAUUUCUCAUCGCUGGGAUGCUCGUCACUGCCAUCGUCAUGGUCAUCAACGGCCUCAUCUGCCGUUUCUACCCCAAGGACCAACCUGGCCAAAUGAAGGAGGGUGAUGGAACUGCUCCUCGCGUGUUUCUCUUCAUUGAUAUCGGUGCUUUCCUUGGAUCUGUCAUCAUCCUCGCUAUAUUAACAGGCGCCCUCUUCGCCUAAGGCAAGGUAGUUCUUAAUUUAAUUCUGCCUUCUGGACCCGGCUUCUGGAGAAAUUCAACGUCUGAUUUUUUUUCAGAACUGUACCAAUAACUGUAUCAAUUAUAACAUAUGAUAAUUAUGCUGAGAAUAUAAAACAUCAAAAUUGUGAUAACCCGCCUACCUCCCCCACAAAAAGUAUAUGUAGAUAAUUUUUACCCCAUAAUCGAUUGGUUAACAUUGGUUUUACUUUUAAAAAUCUGAGCUAGAAGGUCACACUUGUCACCUGUGUCUGUGAUAUGUUACAAAAAUGAAGCCCAGAAAAAAUUGCGUUCGAAAAUUAUUAUUUAGUGCUUCAAAAAUUGAAAUAUAAAGUGACCGAAAACACCAUCUUAAUUUCAUCCCAUACACUUAUGUGUACUAUUUAGGCGUCUAUAAGACGCCUAUUUACAAAAUCGGGGUUUGCCUUGUAGUUUUAGCUUUUCAUUCUCAAUAAUGGUUGUUUUCAGGGUUUAUUAGUUCUAAUACAUGCACUUGUACACAUGUUUCAUCUUGGUUUGAGAAUUUUUUAAAUCGGCUGCUCACAAAGUUAAACAAUACCUAGAUUUAAUCGCAAAAUGUAUAAACUUCCUUCAUUUAGUAUUUGAUUUAUCACAGUUUGUGAUAUCUUUCCGAAAAUAUGCACUUUCUGUACGUUCUUGUUUCUCUGUUUGUUUGAAAUUAGUAUGUGUUUUGCAUGACGAAAAAUAUGUGUUAUGCAUUAUAUAGGGAUGAAUAGUACCUCGGGCCAAUUAUAUGCCAUAGUGAAACAACUCUCAUAGGAGACAUAUGCACUGACUAUAACGCUCGUAUUCUCAAGUCUGGUUUGAUUGAGGCCAUGGUCUAACUCUGUUCUAAAAUUAUGAGAAGCAGAAAAUGACAGAAUUAUUAAGUCACUGUGUUCUUUCAUCAUGCUAUAUUGGGGACGGAAACAAAUUAAUUUACUGUUCUCAGACAGUUACGAACUGAUAAAAUCGAACGUAUACUUUUAGAGAGUUUGUGUCACAUGGCUGUCCAUAGUUAAAUCACAACUUGAGACCAGAGUUCAGAAUAGGGGUCUUUGUAUAUAUGGGUUGAGGAAAAGGACUAUGCAUGCACGAUCACUUUGUUAUAGUUUGAGGACAAUUUCAAUGAAUAUAUUGUCGGCGUCGCUGGUUUGUCCAUUAUUCAUUAAUGCAUUUAUUCUUACAUUAUUCAUUCAUUCAUUCAUUUAUACAAACAUUUAUUUUCUUCCAUUAAAACUAUCGACAUGUAUUUAUACAAAAUCAUGAUGUCAUGAAAGGCUAUAAAUAUCUCAUCAGCACUGGCGUAAAUCCCGGGGGGGAUGGGGGGGAUAUAUCCCCCCCACUUUUCGAGGAGGGGGGGAUGGCCUGUACAAACAUCCCCCCCACUUUUUCCGAAAGAAAUGAAAAAAAAAUCACAAGAGAUAAUUGUUUUAUUGGUGAAAAUUCUUCCAAAAAUACCGCUUAACAAAUAAAAUAAUAUUAUUGAAUCAUAAAAUGCAAAUAAAGAGCCAGUUCACCAUUUCCAAACGAAAUACUUAUGUCCUUAUUAUAACAUUGAAGAGAAAUCCCCGUUUCUUCCAAUUCAUCUAUGUUGGGGUCUUUGGGAAGGGAUUAAGAUGGAAUGUCAAAAAUUUGUUGAAUGUAAUCUCUAAUAAAACCAUUAAACCAUCAUGGGGUAAAAAAGAUAAUAAUAUUGGAGGGGUAUUUGCCAUAUGGACAUACAGUGGCGAAACUACGGGGGACAUGGGGGCACAUCCCCCCCCCCCCUCCAUCGGCUGACCAAAAAAAAAAACGGGGAAAGGGGGAAAAGAGGGAGAAAGGAAGAGAAACGAAGUGGGAAAGAAGAAAAUAUUAUUCAUUAGAAUGUUAUAUUAUAUUAUAACUAUGUUAAGUUACAUUACAUAAGAAACAUUUUUAUCAUAACUUUAUGAAACAUAAUUUGCCCAGGGCCUACGUCUUCAUUGUUCCUGGUGCUCGCAUUGUCUGUUUAACGAGAUAUAUAAUCCUGUUGUACUAAAACAUCCCGUUUUCAAGUCAAUAUAAACCAAAUAUAUUUCCUAGCACUUGAGUUAUCAUUGUUUUAUGUAGUGACAUAUGCUUCUUUUUCAUGACACAAAAGUGAUUGCCCCAUGUUAAGGUCUUCGUAUAUAUGAAAUAUUUCCUAUCCGUGAUUACGUUCGCAUUAGUGGAUUGGUGAGAUAUGUCUGCUCUUCAUGAAUUCCUAAAAUCAGUCCUUCAAAUGUCCCUUCUUCUGAUCUGAAUAUCAAAAAUUUUCAGCUCGCGCUUCGCGCUCGCAUCAUUUGGAUAUUGAAUUACGUAUGGUCCUACUUAAUUCCUACAAAGAAACCUUAGAAUGCCCCACUUCAGGUCUGAAUUAUCUAAGUUUUCAGCUCGCGCUUCGCGCUCGCAUUGUUAAGCGAGACAGGUACCUAUCAUGAUUACACAAAUUUGAUUAUAAUGUCCCUUUUUAGGUGUGAAUAUAAAAAAAUUUCAGCUCGCGCUUCGCGCUCGCAUUAUUUGAUCUGUGAGAUACAUAUCCGUUUAAUGACAUUGUCCUUAAAAUGUCUCUAUUAGGUCACUCACUCAGUCAUUCAAAAAUUUUGCUGGUGCCCCCCCCCCCCCAUGCCGUGACCCACGGUCACCACUGUGGACAUAUCAAUGACAAUUCCUUGCAUAUCUAAAAACAUGAUUGCAAAAAAAUGCCAAAAUAUUUCAGUCAUCCCCCCCACCCAUCAACACGGAUUUACGCCAGUGCUCAUCAGGUUUUAUUUUUAAAGAAGAAGGCGUUGGUCUGUCGUUCAGGCACGGCGCACACGGUUUUGAAGGGGGGGGGGGCUGAGCCAAAAGUGGGAGGCUGGCGAUGCAAAAAAGCAAAACAAAAACAAUCAGAUAGUCAUCUUUACGUUUUUGUACAUGUUUUUGAAAAAAAAUGUGAGGGCUGGAGCAAAACCCAGCCCCCCCCCCCCCCGUUUCCGCGGCCCGUGGACACAAUGUUAUAAUUAUGUUUCUACACGUGACUUGUGUUUGUUAUUCUCGAAAUGUGUAUUUUGUUAAUAUUUUUUGUUCUUUCUUUGUAGUCUUGGUAUAACAUUAAUACCAUUUGUAUAUGAACAAUAAUUCUCAUUAAAGUAGGCCUACAUUAUAAA